AUGUUGACUCCUGUCUUCCGAAUCGAUCAAACAGAAGAUCAGAUUUUAUUGGAGAUCUCGGCAAAGUACAGUAAAGCUGCGGCGGCAGAUAUUUGUAUUGCAGAGAAUACGAUUAUCUUCAACGCCAAGCCGUAUUAUUUGAGAUUGAGGCUUUCUGGAAGAUUGGAAGAGAAUGAAGACGAGGUCAAAUGCACCUAUGAUGUGGACGAGGGGAAGUUUUUUAUCAAUGUCAAGAAGUUGAUUCCUGGAGAGGUUUUCACAGAUUUAGACAUGCUCCAAAAACUCCUUGAUACGAAGAAACAACCAACAGUUUCGAACGGAAUCGAAGUCAUCGACGAUGAUUGCGAAGACUACGAAGAAGAGGAGAUAGAGGACUGGGAGAUGGCCCAAGAAAUUACUUCGGAAGCACCGAUUACAGAAGGGUCAACUUAUGGCUUCGCGAAUUUGAGAUCAGAUAUUUUUCAGCGGCUUAGAGAAGAGAGUAGUGAACUGUUUGAUUAUUUGGAAGUUUCGACGGUGAAGAAUGCGCAGAGGACGGAGAUCAGGGUUCUAUUUGAGCAAGAGAAGUUUGAUGAAGACCAUUAUUUAUCAGACUUGUUCGAACCUGAUUACGCGCUGGAAGCAGCUCAAAAUUAUAAAGGUUUUUGGGAGAACAAAGAGUCAUCGUUGUUGUCACCCGACGAAAAAGCAGUUCUUGUCUCGAUGAAAUCAAAAAGUCUUCCCGCGUUGGAUUUCAAAGCAACAAUCCAAGUCUAUUCCGGUCUUCUCGAACUCCUCUUCUCAUACUGUUAUGUCAAACGUUGGUUUGGCGACGAUUUGGAACCAGAAGCAGCGACGAUGAUCGCAAAGAUCUCGCCGAUGCUUUCGUGGCUUGAUACUUCGGAAUAUCCGCCAAAAGCGCUGGAAUCUUGCUUCAGACGAGCACUUAUCUUUCCAUUCCACCGAUCAUUUUCUCUCGCUGAAAAAAGCCAGAAAGAUGCGGCAAGGAUUUUGAAGCACGGGAGAGAGUGCGUUACGAAAGUGUUAUUGGAACUGAGGACUUUGUUCAAUAGAAGGGAUCCGUUUUAUUUAUUCAAUCAGUUAUACAUCGAUGAUUAUAUCACUUGGAUGCAAACCCGAGCUAGCUCAGAAAACCUGGAACAGCUAGCGAAGAACGCAAAGCAUAUCAAAGUCACAAAAGGCUCUCUUGGACUCGACCUCGAUAUGCUCGAAAAGGCUGCGUUUAUGGUCAUGGAAGAUGGAGAUAUGGAAGAGAACGUCGAUAUGACGACUAUGGAAGAAGCGAUGAAGCAAUUGGGAAUUCAGUUAGGCGCAGAUGGAGAAUUUCACUCAGAACUAGAGAAAGAACUAAUGGAGAAAACGAAAGAAGAAGGAAGUUCGAAAGUUGGAAUUACCGAGUUAUGA